GCCAGCGUUGGCAACGGUAAUUUAGGGCAAAUUAGGACCAUCGGAAGUUUUGCGGCCGAAGAUGAGCGGACGGAAGCGGAAUGAGGCGCAGAUGGAGCUUCAGGAGCUCCGGCAGGACCUCAAGGAGCGCGACGACGGGCCCGAGGUCGCCGGCGUCGCCGCAGGAGGCCGCGGACGCCGGAAGAGCGCCAAGUACAACGUCUCGUACGAUGCGCUCGUGGAAGAUCUCUUUGAGGACCUCGACGACGACGACGAUGUAGCACCGACCAAGGCCGCGCGCGCGGCCGCGAUGGCCUCGGAGAUGAACACAAUCCAGAAGGACUUCUGCUUGGACGUCAUCUUGGGCCGGCGCGUCAACUCGCGCUCGGGCGCGAUCGAGUACCUCUGCAAGUUUGUCGGGCUCUCGCACUUGCACAUGCGCUGGUUGACGUACGAAGAGGUCGAAGCGUUCUUCCCGAACGGCUACAUCAAGCGCAACAAGGUCCAGCUCUACGACAAGAAGUGCGCCAAGGACGGGUACGCCGAUACGGACGAAGUCGACGAUCUCGACAUUGGCAACGCGACCGUCGAGACCAUCUUGAACCACCGCACCGGCGUGACGAACGAAGACGUCGAGAAGCAGCUCGACGAUCGCCGGACUUCGAUCCCGUAUCCACGCAAGUACCCGCGGGUCACGGACGCGUACUUGAUCCAGAACAACGCGACCGUCCUCGACCGCUGCGCUGGCAUUCUGCGACGGCUCAUGGCCGACCCCGCGUCGGCCGAGUUCCUCGAGCCGGUGAAUCUCAAGCAAGUACCCGACUAUUUAGAUACGAUCGCCAACCCGAUGGAUUUUGGCACGAUCCAGACGCGCCUCGGCCGCGACAACUACUACGUCGGUCCCUCGGCGUACGGCCUCUUGGUCUCGGACAUUCGGCUCGUCUUUACCAACUGCUUGGCGUUCAACGACAACGACUCGGAGAUCGGGACGGCCGCGAUAGGCCUUUUGGCCGACUUUGAAAAGCUCUUUUUUGAAUGGAUCAUCUGCCCGUCGGCGUGGCAGCUCCUGCCGUUGACGGGCGACGCCGAAGAAGACGCGGAGAUCCUCGCGCAGUUCCAAGGCGAAGUCCACGAGACGCGCGCGCUCAACUCGUGGGAGCCGUGGGAGCCCGGGUGCUCGGUCUGCAAGAGCGUCGAUGGCGACGACGACGAUGCGCUCCUCGUCUGCGACCGCUGCGACAACGAGAUCCACCUCGCGUGUCUGGACCCGCCGCUCGACGCGACGCCAGACGGCGAGUGGUACUGCCCGUACUGCGAACUCCGCAUGACAUACGAAGCCAUGGUGCUCCCGAAGGGCGACGAGACAAGCGCGUCAUCGGUCCCUGCUUCGAUCCCGCACGUGCUCACGGCCGCGAUCACCGGCACCUCCAAGUUUACGCUCGACAGCGACACGCGCACGGACGACUCUCGGCACCAGAGCACGCGCCUCUUUGGGAACAACACCAUGUUCCUCGUGCAAUGGCGGGGUCUCUCGAUCCGGUGUGCGACGUGGGAGCGGGCCCAGGACAUUGGCGACGACGACCAAAUCGUGCGCUACUUCAAGGCCAACAAAGUCCCGACCGAGAAGGAGAUUCUGCAGACGACGUGCCAGCUGCCGUGCUGCGGCAAGCACAACGCGGUCGUCGGGAACGGGCCAACGAAAAGCAGCAACUGCGCCGCCGACCGGUUUUGCACGCUCGGCGCUGACCACGACGGUCCGUGCAGUCGCGAGUGGCACGUCGAGUCGGCCGACGCACCGUACGGCUCGGCCGAGUACCGCAACCUCAAGCAGAUGGAGCAGAUCAAGGCGCAGCUCUUCGCCUUCCACUGCCUUUUGCACAACCACGCGCCGGACCACACGGUGUUGAAAAAGUGUGGCGCCGCCGCGCUGGCCUACGUGCUCAAGAAGGAACAUUUCGCGUCGAUUAGUCGGGCCAAGGAAGACGACGCCGACUACUCGGACGCGGGUGACUCGUCCGACGACGACGAUGACGACGACGACGACGACGAGCGCGUCCCGAUCCAGAUGCCGGCGUACUCGCAGCUCUUCCAGUCGGCGCCUGGCAGCGACGAGAACGACGAUGCGUCGAGCGACGAAGAAGACAACGAGGACGACGAGACAACCAAGCACGAAGCCGUCGACGACGUGGUGAGCUCGGUUCUCGCCGGCAUGAUCGAGCACCUCGCGCUCGGGUAUCCCAUCACGCUCGAGGCGCCUAAGCCCAAGGUCAAAAAGGCGCCGACGCAAAUGCUCGACCCAAUGACGUUUAGUAGCUUCAAGAUGGACACGUUUGGGCCGCACCAGCGCUACACCGAGUACUUUGUGGCCGUUCCCAAGGCCGACGGCGGCCUCGGAAUGCGCCUCGGCCUCUCGGACGACGGCUGUGCGCGCGUGCUCGGCUUCCAGCACCUCGCCACCGGCAUGAUGGGCGCGGCGGAGGCCACGGGCGUCAUUGCGCCGGGCGACAUUCUCGUCGGCAUCAACAACCGGGCGACGGCGCAGCACCCCUUUUCCACCGUCGUGGCGCUCAUCUCCGAGUCGAAGAACUACGUGCUCUUCACCUUCCACACGCUCCGACCCGCCCACAUCUUUCCGAUGCCGUGCGCGCCCAAGACGAUCGAGCGCCGCUACAUCACGCUUCCGCCGCCGCUCGAUGACGACGACGCGCCGCUUGUGGGCACGACGCCGCCGUCGCUGUACGUGCCGUUCUCGUAUCUCUCGCUGCUGCCAGUGGUCCGCGUGUCCAACCCGCUCUUGCGCCCGACGUCGCGCCCGGCGCUCGAAAACUAUGCAGCGCCCAAUGGCCCGAUGCAGCACGUGCUCGCGGGCAUCAUGAAGGGCACGCUGGACCCCCACGAGCAUUUUGCGAGCUUUUUGCCGACCAAGCGCAAGGCGGUCGCGAUGAUUGCGGCGCCGACCGAGUUUGUCCCAUACGAGCAGUCGCCGACGUUCAAGGGCGGGCGCACGCUCCGGAGCUACCAGGUCGAUGGCCUCAACUGGAUGAUCUCGUGCUGGAAGGCCAAGCGGUCGUGCCUCCUCGCUGACGAAAUGGGUCUCGGCAAGACGGUCCAAGUCGUUUCGUUCAUCGAGCAUUUGCGCACCGAAGAGGACAUUCGCGGUCCAUUCCUUAUCGUGGUACCGCUCUCAACGCUGCAGCACUGGCGGCGCGAGAUUGAAGACUGGACCGACAUGAAUGUGUGCGUGUACCAUGACGUCGGCGAGCGCAACAACAAGUGCACGGGCAAGGACCUCCGCACGCUCAUUCGAACGCAGACGUGGUACUACCCCAACAUGCCCACGACCAAGAGCGUCUUCAAGUUCAACGUGCUCCUCACGACGUUCGAGACGAUCCUUGCCGACUUUGAGGAGUUUGAGACGAUUCACUGGCGCCUCGUGGCCGUCGACGAAGCGCACCGGCUCAAGAGCGCGGGGUCGCGCGUCCUCAAGCAGAUGCGCGCGCUGAACGUCGAUCGGAAGCUCCUCUUGACGGGCACGCCGCUUCAGAACAACACGCAAGAGCUCUGGGUGCUGCUCAACUUUUUGGAGCCCGUCAUUUUCGACAGCAUGGAGUCGUUCAUCGAGAAGUACGGCCGGCUCCAGUCGCAGGAGCAGGUGACGGAGCUCCAAAAGAUGAUUGCGCCGUACCUUCUGCGCCGCGUGAAGGAAGACGUCGAGAAGAGCAUUCCGCCCAAGGAAGAGACCAUCAUCCAAGUCGAGCUCACGAUGCUCCAGAAGCAGUACUACCGCGCGAUUUACGAGCGGAACCGGUCGUUCUUGUACCUUGGGUCGAAGAACAGCCUCCCGACGCUCAACAACCUCCAGCUGCAGCUGCGCAAGUGCUGCAACCACCCGUUCUUGAUCAAGGGCGUUGAGGAGCGCGAGCUCGAGUCGCUCGGUGUGGCGCCCGAACCGGCCGACAUUAUGAACAUGACGAUCCAAGCCAGCGGGAAGCUCGUGCUCGUGAGCAAGCUUCUCCCAAAGCUCCGCGCCGAAGGCCACAAGGUGCUCAUUUUCUCGCAGUUUAUUCGGCAGCUCGACCUCCUCGAGCGCUACUGCGAGCAGGAGCACAUGCCGUGCGAGCGCCUCGACGGCUCGACGAGCGGCAGCGCGCGCCAAGCGGCGAUCGAUCGCUUCUCCAAGAAGAACUCCAAGUCGUUUGUGUUUCUUCUCUCGACCAAGGCCGGCGGCGUCGGGAUCAACCUGAUCGCGGCCGACACGGUCAUCAUCUUUGACUCGGACUGGAACCCGCAGAACGACCUCCAAGCCCAGUCGCGCUGCCACCGCAUUGGUCAGAAGAAGUCGGUCAAGAUCUACCGCCUCGUGACGCGCAACACGUACGAGAGCCAGAUGUUUGACCGCGCGUCCCGGAAGCUCGGCCUCGAGCACGCGGUGCUGGGCACCGGGUCGUUUAGCGAAGCGCACGCGAUCGAGCGCCCGUCGGCCGAGGUGCUUGUCGAGCUCCUCAAGAAGGGCGCGUAUGGCCUCUUGGACGAUGACGACGACGCGUCGAAAUCGUUUGUCGAGCGGGACAUUGAGACCAUCUUGAAGGAGAACACGCGCGUCGUGACGAACGAGGUCGCCAAGGACGAAGACGAAGGCGCGAGCUCGUCGGCCCCGAAGAAGAAGGCUGGCAUUGUGUUUGACAGGUCGUCGUUUUUCGCUGAAGGCUCGACCGCCGACGUCAACGACCCGCACUUUUGGGAAAAAGUGCUCGCGCAAGGCCAAAUUUCGAUUGAAAUGCUGAGCCUCAAGCUCGACGACGGGUCGGCGCUCGCGUCGCGCCAGACCAAAGCCAAGUUUAUGACCAACCUCGGCCAUGCGAUGGACCGUAUCGUCGCCGACACGAGCCGCGGCGGCAGCAGCAAGGACGUCUGGGACAAGCGGUCGUCGGGCCACGAGUACGACAUAGCGAUUGCUGUGCUCCAAAAGAUCCUCAAGCUCAAGGACGUGUUCAACGCCGACCAGCGCAAGGUGGCCGAAGCGUACAUGGAGUCGCUCGUCAAGUCGCGUGUCCGCAGCUGCCGCGCGACGCCAGCCGCGCCCGUGACGACAGCAUCGACCAGCAGUCGACGCAAGAGUCUCGGCAAGAAGUCCGAGUCGAUGACGCUCAAGCGGCAAAUGCCGGCGGGUCCGAUCGUCGAGCUUCCGAGUGGCGAUAUUUGUGCGCUCUGCGGCGACGGCGGCCUCAUUCUGCUCUGCGACGGUCCGUGCCACCGGUCGUUUCAUAUGGAGUGCGUCGGUCUCAAGGCCGAGCCAUCGGGCGCCAAGUGGCUCUGCCCCGACUGCACGGCCGGCAAGCACAUGUGCAUGUGCUGCGGCAAGGUCGGCAAGAUGGGUGCGGAGAACGGCGUGACGCAGUGCUCGAUGGCCAAGUGCGGUCGCUUCUAUCACACGACGUGCGUCCUCGAGCACGCCAAGGUCGAGUGGGUCGGGAAGAAGCGGUUCCGGUGCCCGAGUCACUACUGCCACGGCUGCACCAAGACAAAGAAGAAGUCGCCUGUCGUGAGCUGCGCCCACUGCGCGCAAGCGUUCCACGAGUCGUGCAUGCGCGGGAUGCGCAUUCUGCGCCUGUCGACGACCAUGAUGAUCUGCUCGGAGCACCUGCCGGACGACCGCGGUGCGAUCGUCGAAGGUGUCAGCGACGACGACGACGAUGAUCUCUCAGUCCAAGACGACGACGAAGACGAAGACGCGCCGAUCGCGCGGUCGGCCAAGAAGCGCGGCCGGCGUGCGAGCGUCGAGGUGGUCGCCAUUGACGAAGAUGACGACGACGACAAGCCGCUCGCCAAGAAGGUCAAGCGCGGUGCCAAAACCAAGGGCAAGCGCAAGCGGUUCUACAACGAGGCCGACGCGCUCCUCGCUGACGAAGAGGACUACGAAAAGGGCGUUGACAGCGACAACAGCGACGACGAGGCGCCGAGUGGCCGUCGGACGCGGCGAACCAAGAAGAAACAGCAGCUCAUUUAACAUCCCAGUACUAACGGCAUAUAUUUAUGCCCUUGCUAACUCGAGUGGGCGGUCAAUACGAGCAAACGUCUCCUCAAAGUGGAAUCUCCAA